ACAGGAAUAGUUAUCUGCUUAGUCUCAUCCUUCGUAUUUGGCAAACUGAAGAAAAAGGUCUGAGCCAGCAUGAAGACUGAAUACCCUCUUCAUUAGAGAAAAACUUUCUGCCUGACGCAGUUCAUUUCAAGAAGUGCACGAUGACAGAGCGUGGAAUUAAAUGGGCUUGUGAGUAUUGUACAUAUGAAAAUUGGCCAUCUGCAAUCAAAUGUACCAUGUGUCGCGCUCAGAGACCUAGUGGAACAAUUAUCACAGAAGAUCCAUUUAAAAGUGGUUCAAGUGAUAUUGGUAGAGACUGGGAUCCUACGAGCACUGAAGGAGGGAGUAGUCCUUUGAUAUGUCCAGAUUCUAGUGCAAGACCAAGGGUUAAAUCAUCUUACAGUAUGGAGAGUGCAAAUAAAUGGUCGUGCCACAUGUGCACAUACUUGAACUGGCCAAGAGCGAUAAGGUGUACUCAGUGCUUGUCUCAACGCAGGACCAGGAGUCCCACAGAGUCUCCUCAGUCAUCAGGUUCUGGUUCAAGACCAGUCCCUUUUUCCGUUGAUCCAUGUGAGGAAUAUAAUGACAGAAAUAAACUGAACACAAGGGCUCAGCACUGGACUUGUUCUGUUUGUACAUACGAAAACUGGGCGAAGGCCAGGAAGUGUGUUGUAUGUGAUCAUCCCAGACCCAACAACAUAGAAGCAAUAGAACUGGCAGACACAGAAGAGGCUUCUUCAAUCAUAAACGAGCAAGACAGAGCUCGGUGGAGAGGAAGCUGUAGUAGUGGUAAUAGCCAAAGAAGAUCUCCACCUACAACCAAACGAGAAUCUGAUGUGAAAAUGGACUUCCAAAGAAUUGAGUUGGCUGGAGCUGUUGGCAGCAAGGAAGAACUCGAAGUGGACUUCAAAAAACUAAAGCAAAUUAAAAAUAGAAUGAAAAAGACUGACUGGUUGUUCCUCAAUGCUUGUGUUGGAGUUGUAGAAGGUGAUUUAGCUGCUGUUGAAGCUUACAAGUCAUCAGGAGGAGAUAUUGCCCGCCAGCUUACUGCAGAUGAAGUACGCCUGCUAAAUCGCCCUUCUGCUUUUGACGUUGGGUACACGCUUGUACAUCUGGCGAUACGCUUUCAGAGACAAGAUAUGCUAGCAAUUUUGCUUACGGAGGUGAGUUACUUUGGGCCUUGCGUAGAUUGAAUAGGAACCUUAUGUAACGAGGUCACAGAACAAAUUCGUCGUGAAAUUGCUGCAUCUCUUCAUCAACGAAAGGGAGACUUUGCUUGCUAUUUUCUGACUGACCUUGUAACUUUUACGUUACCUGCAGAUAUUGAAGACUUACCACCCACAGUCCAAGAAAAGCUAUUUGAUGAAGUACUUGAUAGAGAUGUUCAGAAAGAGCUAGAAGAGGAAUCUCCCAUUAUUAACUGGUCACUGGAACUGGGUACGCGCUUGGACAGCAGGUUAUACGCACUUUGGAAUCGGACUGCCGGGGAUUGCCUGCUUGAUUCAGUACUACAAGCCACUUGGGGCAUUUACGACAAGGAUUCAGUGCUGCGGAAAGCUCUUCACGACAGUUUACAUGACUGCUCACAUUGGUUCUAUACGCGCUGGAACGAGUGGGAAUCGUGGUAUUCCCAAAGCUUUGGUUUACAUUUCUCAUUGCGAGAGGAACAGUGGCAGGAAGAUUGGGCAUUCAUACUCUCUCUUGCGAGCCAGCCUGGAGCGAGUUUGGAGCAGACACACAUUUUUGUACUUGCACAUAUUCUUAGAAGACCAAUUAUAGUUUAUGGAGUAAAAUAUUAUAAGAGUUUCCGAGGAGAAACAUUAGGAUAUACCCGCUUUCAAGGUGUGUAUUUGCCUUUGUUAUGGGAACAGAGUUUUUGUUGGAAAAGUCCCAUUGCUCUGGGCUACACGAGGGGCCAUUUCUCUGCUCUGGUUGCCAUGGAGAACGAUGGUUAUGGCAAUCGAGGUGCUGGUGCUAACUUGAACACUGACGAUGAUGUUACUGUUACUUUUCUACCGUUGGUGGACAGCGAGAGGAAAUUAUUGCACAUUCACUUCCUUUCUGCUCAAGAGAUAGGUAAUGAGGAGCAGCAAGAAAAGCUCCUUCGGGAAUGGCUGGACUGCUGCGUGACAGAAGGAGGGGUCCUCGUUGCGAUGCAGAAGAGCUCUCGUAGGCGCAAUCAUCCGCUGGUCACCCAGAUGGUCGAGAAGUGGCUCGAUCGCUACCGACAGAUCCGCCCUUGUACGUCCCUUUCCGAUGGCGAGGAAGACGAGGAUGAUGACGAUGAAUGAUGACAAAGAAAUUGAAAAGAAAAUUACCAGCGCAGAGUGUCUGACCCAGAGUUAGCGUUGUGCUCUAGCAGUUCGUUGUAGAACGACCCAGUUCUAGGGGAAAUGUGCUGUAAAGGAUUUUUUCUAACCAGCAUGGAGAGAGUCUAGAACCUCAUCUGCCGCAUGAAGAGAGCAAAACGGGCUGGACUACAGUUUGUAUAAAAACA